GUUGUUUGUAUAUCUCCAAGGAAUCAUAUGGUCUUUACACCUUUACUGGCUUCAACUUGUGUUGGGACAUUAGAAUUUCGUUCUGUGGCUGAACCAAUUAGUCGUAUACAAUCAGCAUUAUCUACAGCUCCCAACUCUCACUUUUACCUGGCUAACUGUUUGAGAAUUGACUCAGACAGUCAUGAAGUGUACUGUGAGACUGUCAGCAAUCGAGGACUACCUAAUGAGCAGGGACCGCCCAUGGAGCCUUACAGAUUCAAGGUUGCAUACGAUAAGCUCGUCAUUGCUGCAGGAGCCGAACCUUUGACAUUUAACAUCAAAGGAGUGAAAGAGCAUGCAUUUUUCCUCCGUGAAGUGAAUAACGCACAAGAAAUCAGGAAGAGGCUUCUUCUAAACCUGAUGAAGGCUGACAAUACAGGCCUUCCAGUGGAAGAAAGGAAACGGUUACUACAUUGCGUAGUGGUAGGAGGUGGCCCUACCGAAGUGGAGUUUAGUGGCGAACUGAGUGAUUUUAUCAUUAAGGAUGUUCAUGAGCAAUAUUCUCACGUUAAGGAUGACAUUCAUGUCACCCUCAUAGAGGCAAAUGACAUCUUGUCUUCGUUUGAUGUGGGACUAAGAGAAUAUGCAACCAACCAGUUGAUUAAGUGUGGUGUUCGCCUUAUGAUAGGCAUAGUCAAGGAGGUACAUGAAAAGAAAAUAGUUCUCAAUGAUGGGACUGAUGUGCCUUAUGGUCUAUUAGUCUGGUCUACUGGGGUCGGCCCUUCAGACUUUGUAAAAUCUCUAAAUGUUCUCAAAUCCCUUGGGGGAAGGAUUGGUAUUGAUCAAUGGAUGCGUAUACCUUCCGUUGAGGAUGUAUUUGCAAUUGGAGAUUGUGCUGGUUUCCUUGAGGAAUCAGGAAAGCAAGUUCUUCCAGCUCUAGCUCAGGUGGUAGAGAGGGAAGGCAAAUUUCUAGUGAAUUUGUUCAACAAGAUAGGUAAACAGAAUGGUGGCAAAGCUUUCUCCGCGAAAAACAUCAAUUUGGGAGAGCCUUUCGUGUAUAAACACCUCGGUAGCAUGGCAUCUGUGGGUAGUUAUAAAGCGUUGGUUGAUCUACGUGAGUCUAAGUUUGCAAAGGACAUAUCCCAUGCCGGGUUUGUCAGCUGGCUGAUCUGACGUUCUGCUUACCUGACGCGUGUUAUCAGCUGGAGGAACAGGUUCUACGUGGCGGUGAAUUGGGCAAUCACACUUGUUUUUGGCAGAAAUAACUCUCGAAUAGGCUAAAUCAGAUUGGCAUACGCCGAAAAGAAAAAGAAGAUGCAUAUGUUGAGUUCCAUACUAGUUAUUAUGGGCGGCAUUCGAAUGUUUUUAGCAGAAUCAGUAUUAUCAAUCUUAUUGACUUAUUGUACUUGUUUGGAUUCCAAAAUGAGUGUAUCUGUUAGUCUAAGUAGUCAUUUUUGAUUUUGUAUGUUUUCUUCAUAUUAGUCUAAAGAUGAAGUAACAGUUGUAAAACUAGACCUUUGAACUUGGGGUAUGUUAAUGCCAAUUCCACAUCUUUCUAUUCUGCCGUGGUGCGUAUUAUCUGCAUUGUCUUAUAAUGAAACUGCGU